AUGAAAAGUCCGAGGGGUGAACAAGAUGCCUUCUCCGUUGGCAGUGGUGUGGUUUUUCUCUCCUUCGAUGUAGUUGUGGAUCCGAUCGAUUUCUUCUCGUGGCUCAGCCGUCGUGUCGGCCUCUGCAACUACGGCGGAAGUCGAUCGAGAGAAGCCUUGGGCCUCAAACACCACCGUGACUUGCUUCCUCUUGGCCGGUUGAAGGUACGGGAGCUGACAACGACGUGCCGUGAUGUCGGAGGGUUGACCAUGCCGAGAGAUUUGUGGUGGAAACGGUUGGUCGCGGGAAAAGGAAUAGUAGCGGAAGUCGGAUGCUUCCUCUCUGUUUACUAGAUACUUCGAUCUGCUGCAAAGCUGUGGUUCUCGCAUCCGUCGGUGCUAAUGGUCGGCUUCUCUGCGUCACGGUGUCACUAGGGCAAGAUCCUCUUUUCCG